AAACAUGUACCCAAAUUCUGGAAGAAGUAAUUUUAAAAUGAAGCAAAAAAGAGUACUCAUUUGACAAAUUGGGGAGACCUCAAACCAAUAUACCAUCAUCUGGCAACACUCUCACGAUCACGACACGACCAUCGUAUUUUGUCAAUAUAUAUGUGGUACAAUAAAUAUUUUUAUAUCGAAAAAUAAUAAUUAUAAAUGCUCGUGGAUGUGUUGUGUUCUUCUGGGUUCCCCAACUUCCACGGUCAUAAAGUAAUUCAACAUUAUUAGUUUGUUCAAGUGCGACAAUUUAAAUAACAUGACGUGUUUAAAUAAAGUAAAAUUCGAUGUUUAAAAUUACUACCUACUUUAUUUAAUAAACUAGCAUAGUAACUAAACGUUAGUUAUCAUAUUCUAGACUAAAGUUUUUAAACUUCGGUGUCGGUAUUCGAAAAAGUUAAUCAAACAUAUUAUAAUUAAUAAAAAUAUCCAUAAAAGGAUUCCAGUUGUAUGAGAAAGAAUGGACGUCAGCAAUAACUUGCUCGAUAAAUUACAAUUGUACGGAGUCGGUGAACGCAAACUGGAUGAUGUUCUCUUUGUGAACGACAAACCGCCUCCCAGACUUGGCAUAUACGACUUCGAUGAAGAAAUCUUCUGCCAUGAUUUGGUAGUAUCAACUUGCACCAUACCAGGGUGCUCAUUCAAAACGGAAACUAUAUUGGAUUUUGAGAACCACUACAACUCAGCUCACAGGUACAGCUGUUCACAAUGCAAAAAGAUUCUACCCACUCCUCAUUUGCUGGACUUGCACAUUCAAGAGACACACGACUCCUUUUUCGCUGUGUUAUCCGAGAAAAAGCCUUCGUAUUCCUGCUACAUACAAGAAUGCCCACAGAAGUUCAUGACAGCUAAUGACAGAUUACAACAUUGCGUCGACGAACACAAGUUACCAAAAGAAUUUCGGUUCGACACGAAACCAUGUCACAAAGGCAAGAAGAAGGGCAAAUCAAAACAGACUUCUGGCAGUAACGAUCAGUCGAUGGAACACGAUGGUGAAACGUCAAGCGACGUGAAAAAGAAAGUAGUCCUAACUACAAGCAAAAAUAGGACAUUUGCAAAAUACUGCGGCAAGAAAUUCACGAAAAAUGACACGAAGACUUCUAAAGAUGUCAACAUGGAUGAAGUAAUGGCCGAUUUGAAGGAAAGUUUACCGGAAUAAAAGAAAUAAAUAAUGUUUAAA